AUGACAGGUACGGUGCCCUACCUCGAGGACGGCCCCUUCAGUAUCCGACAAGGCAAUGCCUGGCUGGAGAAGCUGAGGAAGAGCAUCAGACCGAGCUCCUGGAAUGACCUUCUGCAGAAGCCGGGCAAGUACAUCCUCGCCUACGAGCAUCACUUUGUUUCUGCUCGACACCAAGAGGAUGAGGUGUUAAUCAACAUGGGAGGUCGCACACAUGAGUUUGAGUCCUUCCAGCUCAAGCGUCAAGACCGUGCCGUUCGACGCCACCCUGCCACCGGCAAACUAUGUGUCGACAACACCCGACUCGACCAUGUGUUCGAGCUUGUUGACCAUGUCGAGCCAGCUUUGGUUGCAGACUACUCAGGUGGCAAACUUGUCCAAGAAGCUGCCGUGGAUUUUGAAGAAGUGUGGAACCAGCUUCAACUCCAGCGGCAGGAAAUGGAUGGUGUGAUUUUGCGUCAUCCUCAGCCGCAGCACAUCGCGAAUGAUCGCAACCCAGAUCUAGUAGAAGCUGCCGCGGAUUUUGAAGAAGCAUGGAACGAGCUCCAACUUCAGCGGCAGGAAACAGAUGGUGUGAUUUUGCGUUAUCCUCAGCCGCAGCGCAUCGCGAAUGAUCACAAUCCAGAUCUAGUUUCCAACAGCGACAGCGAGGAGGACGGCUUCUGGGAUCUUCGCCCGGACUGGCUCGAGCGUUUUCGAGCUCGAAGACAGCAAUCAGAGAAUCGAGAGAUGCUGCAGCAAAACGAGUUGGUUCAUCGCCAGGCCUAUAGUCUAUUGCCUGUCAGAAGAGUCAUGACCACCAACAACGUUCCAUUCGAGCAGUUUGCUUCCAGCUCAUCCAUUUCUCGGCGGCGCAUCACAAUGGAGUACUUCGGCGGUGUCCUACCAGGCUUGGUGGAUGGACAGCAGCUGGACUAUGCUGGCGGCAGUUGGAUAAGUGACGAACCUUAUCCAAGUGCUUUGGAUUUUUUCAAUAGCCAAACAGACUUUUUUCAGCAUGAAGCGGACAAGCAUGUUGCAGUGGUUGUGAAAGUCAUGCGAGAGCAUUUGGAUCUCUUGCGGACGUCGCCGUUGGCUGUGGCAUUUUUACCAGAUCCUCGUUUUCGAAACUCGAUAUCGAAGAGACUCUGGGAACGCAUCAUGUACCGAGCCAGGGCAAUCUUGGAUUUCGUGGAACAGAAACAGCACUACAUGCUCUUUGCAUUUCUGCACGCAGAGGCCAAGCAUGUAAAGGCCGGUUGCAGAAAUGCUGUGCAGGACUUGCCACACCCGAAGGAGUACGGCGGCACCGAAGAAGAGUGGCGAACGCUUGCACUGGAGCACGCUCUUCAGCUUCACCUGGAUUUAGCCUGGCAACAGAAAGAGCGCGGCGAUUUCAAGAAGGCGUCUCGCUCCGAGGACGACUACACCGGAGGGAGCCUUUCGGCAGACAUCCUCCAUGCCUUACCAGGAUUCUUCUUUUCCUUUGACUAUCUGAAGAAUUUAGCCUGUGCGUCUUCUGAAAUGAAACGCGCCGUGCAGAACCCACAGCAUUGGAACGACAGGUGCAUCUCACUCAACUCAGUCGAGUUUACUGAUGGUCUGAAGCUGAGAUCCAUGACGCGGGCCUAUAUGUCCGCUCGCACCGUGUCUUUAGAUCUGCAACAACUUCCUUUGCUAGGUCAGUUUCCAAACAGUAUGUUGCUCGAGUGGACUGGCCGGGGCCUUCCACAACUGCGCAACCUGAAAGGCUUCGAAUCCGCUGGACCGUUGCUGGGCACUGCCUUGUUCGACGUAAUCCUCCCCCCCAAUGCAGUGGGCAUGUACAUUGGCGUUCGUGACUGGGGAGAUCGAAGCCAAGGGAAGCAAUCGUUCUUCCGCUUCGAUAAUGUUUACACGGACAGUCAAAGACUUUCCUUCGCUUCGGGCGACCAGCCACCGCAGCUUCACCACAAGCCACAAAGAGUGCCUCUGCAACCUGAGCGGCAUCAUCGCGUUUUGCUUCGAUGGAAGCAAGACGUGAUGGAGCUCCUUAUCGAUGGGGUCGGAGUAACCAGUCGAGUGGACAUGAGAUGCAAAGUGGAGGAGUACGAAGGAGGCGCCGUGUUGGAUGAGCUGCUCGCGGAAUUGCCAGGAUUUUACUUUUCGUUUGACUAUCUCAAGAUGCUAGCGUCCACUUCCAAGACAAUGCUUCGCGCCGUGCGGGAUCGUCGACACUGGCAAGGCAAGCUUGUGACAAUGAACACUGAAGAAUUUCAACUUCCCAUGAAGCUGAGAUGGAUGAUGGAAGCUUACAUGUCUGCACAUGUCGUCACCAUCAACGUUCGUCAGCUCACCAUGUUUACAGUUUUUCCUCACAAUAUGCUUUUGGACUGGAGCGCGACAGGCAUGUUGGGCGGCCCUCGUCCUGCAGUUGGGCCAAACAUGACAGGGACAGGGUUUCAGUCAACUGGUCCUUUGAUGGGAAAUGCUGUAUUUGAUAUCAUUCUGCCGCCCAACACAGUUGGCAUAUAUAUUGGGGUCCGAGACUGGUGCGAUUUGCGUUCUCGGACGCAUGCCUACUGCAUGUUCACGAAUAUUUUUGAGAAUGCGCGGGCCUCCUUUGGAUUGGGAGAUCAUCCAUCUCAACCACACUUGAGUGCCCGAACAAUUCGGUUUCAACCCGACCACACCCAUCGCAUCAUCUUCCGUUGGAAUCCGAGAACGUUCCAGAUUUCGCUGGAUGGCGUGAACAUCGCUACAGCCCGCGCUCGUGAAGGAGCUUCAGCUGCGCCAUGUGCUUUGGCAAAGCUUUUUGUUUGGGUCUAUGGCCGGCCUACCAGGAACUUUGUCUUGCUUCAGUAUCGCCCAAUACCAUCUCUUGUCGACAACAACGCCACAAUCAAGUGCGUGCUUUGCAACAGGGACCACGGGCUGCAUCUGCCGCGCUGGUGUGUCUGUCCACAUUGCGACACAUGGGUUUGUUCGGUUCAUGCUGUGCACUUUCCUGAACGACUGUGCCCACGAUGUCCGAACCAGUUGAUUGAUUACGUCGGUGGAAGUACUGAAACGGAAGAGCCUUUCCGGCAUGCUGUGGACUACGUCUACAGCAGAGAGCAGAAACUGCAGAACGGCAUGACCUUUACUGCGUGGCUUCGUUUGAGCUUCCAGCGAUCCGAAGCAAUCCGUCGACAAGAGAAAAAACGCAGGGCCGAUGGAAGACAAGUGCAGCAAACGUUGUUCCAGAGGCAAUGGCUGUCGGGUCUCAGUCCUGCAUGUUGUCCUACGUACGGACCAAGGACGUCGAACAUUCGCAUCCCCAUUGAGGUCUGCAAUCGUGCGUCUUCGUUAUUGCUGCUGUCUGUGCCGGCUGAUUUCACACAUUUGCCAAAUGUGCAGCCUGAUUGCAGCCUUUUGUGUGGUCUUCAAAAGCACGAGCGGGACAACCGAAUUCAGUUUGUGUCCGAGACCCACGUCUACUAUGUGGAUGGUGUUGCUAUGAAGACGUCCGUGACCGGCCUGGUUCACAGAUUCGCGGAAAGGUUCGACGCGGAUGCGGCAAUCGCCAAUAUGGCAAAGAGUGCACGGUGGCCACGACCUGAGUAUUCCAGGGCGCAAGACAAUGGCGUGCUGAUUCCACUAACUCCCGAUGAAAUCAAAAAGAUGUGGGCUCGGAAUGCCGCAGAGGCGGCUCACCAGGGUACAUGGAUGCACCUUCAGAUAGAAGUCUUGUUAAACGGCGGCUUUGUUGCCGGCGUCUGGCCAGAACUGACUUUGUUUGAACAGUUCGUCAGAGAGUUCCCGUGUCCUUCGCUGGCGUUUCGGACGGAAUGGUGUAUAUUUGCUGAGGAACACCGCCUAGCCGGAUGCAUCGAUUUCGUGGCUAAAUCAUUCGAUGACAGUCUUGUUUUGUUUGACUGGAAAAGAACCAAAAUGCUGCAUUCCAAGUAUGACAACCCUUGGCGACGUAUGCAAGGACCUUUGGGUCAUCUUCCUGAUUGUGCUGGAUGGCACUACCGCCUCCAGCUCAACCUUUACAAACACAUUUUGGAAAGGUAUUACGGGUACACUGUUUCCGCAAUGUACGUGGUGUGUUUGCAUCCCGACAACGCAAACACUGGCCCUUUCUUGGACUUGGUACCGAAUCUCACCAAUGAAGUUUCCGCGAUGUUGGCGGCAUAUGGAAACACCUCAGACUUGCACUGGCAAGAGGUGUCCGGAGGGGCUGAUCCAGCUGAGGGCAUGGCUUCGCAGUCUUCGUUCUUCGCAGCCAUCGAUGCCGACAUUGCUGAGGCAGAGCGUGUCUUGGACGAAGAGGAGCUGGCGGCCAACGCACCAAAUCCGGCAGUAGAAGCAGCGGACCCGUCUCUGGAUGUGGAAGCUGCAAACGAACAGGAAGCCAUGGACUGCACAGCCUUAGCUAUACCUUGUCGGGGCCUUCCUAUGGAGGCGGUCGAGUCUGCCAAAAGAAGACGUUUGAUGCCGGGAGCAUCAACAUCCAGCAGUGCAUUCGAUGAGCUGUUCGACAUAACAAAACAGGCCUGCCGCAAUUCUUUGGCCUCCUGUCCUGAUGCUGACGACCAGCAACCAGCCACAACCGUGAAAGAACACGCUAUACGACUACUUGGUUACGUACGCAGGAAGCAGUCGACCGGUCAGAGGACAUGGUUCGUUUGGCAGCCGCUGCAAUCAGUGUCUACAGAACUCGCCUGA